UUUGCACCUGUUUAGUGUCUACAAAUGUACACAAGGGGAUAAGUUGAGAAGCAGAAAAAACAAUAACUAUACACAGUAAACAGUAAACAUGGCUUCUGAGAUAGCAGCCUGUGAGGUUGUUUUUCCAUUGAACACAGUUGACAUUCUUGAGACAGCUACCGAUGCCAGCCAUGCAAUUCUAGACAGUAGCGAUCCAUAUGAAAAUUUAAAUAAUCUUACCGCGGCCCGAACUAACUGUGAUUCCAAUGAUGUGAGCUUAAACAUACAAUCCCACGGUUGUACCGAUGGUUUUCGGAACGGUGAUGUCGGUUUAGAAAUUGCCGUUGAAGCUCAACCUGAUUUGGUUUUUGGAUCAGAUCUAGUCAACAUUACUCAAGACCAACUAUCCUUUGUACGGCCCAGAGUCUACCUAGAAAGAGAAUCCUUCAGCAAUCAAAAUGAGGAUUCCAUGUCACGUACAGCCAAUGCUUCGUCAAUCUUGGAAGAGAGUUGUUCACCAGCUGGAGAUGAAGAAAGUGGAUCAGAUUCCUUGCUGUGGAAAAAUCAAAGGAAACAUUUUUUUGUGCUGAGUGAGGCUGGCAAACCCAUCUACACUAGGCAUGGAAAUGAGGAGCAACUAGUCACCUUGUUUGGGGUGAUGCAGGCACUUGUUUCAUUUGUAGAAGAUGGAGAGGACUCAAUGGAUAUGAUUUUGGCUGGUGAUACAAAAUUUGUCUUUCUUCAUAAAACACCACUGAUACUAGUAGCUGUUUCCAAAAUGAAGGAUAGUGUGUUACAGUUACUGUUGCAAUUGGAGUAUAUAUAUAAUCAGAUCUCUAGUGUCAUAACUAGGGCGCAUCUUGAAAAGAUAUUUGAACAAAGACGAAAUUACGAUCUUCGAAGGCUUUUAGCUGGUUCUGAAAGACUUAUGGAUAAUUUGGUUAACUACAUGGAUAACGAUUUUUCCGUCCUGCUUGGUGCGGUUAAAUGUUUACCAAUGCCUGCUAGCGAUCGUGAUGCUGUAACACAGACUAUCCAUCAACAAUGUCAUAGGAUUAAAAACCUGGUCUUCACUGUGCUGAUUGGUAACAAUCAACUAAUCAGUUUGGUUCGCGUAAACAAAAAACAUCUCCUCCAUCCUAGUGACGUCCAUCUAAUCAUUAAUUUAGUCAACUCCUCUGAAACAUUCAAAACUGCUGAGGGGUGGACUCCAAUCUGUCUUCCGCAUUUUGAUCCGAGGUCAUUUUUGUAUGUCCAUGCAUCUUAUUUGAGUGAAGACUGCCAAGCCUGUAUGCUUUUUUUCACAACCGACCGUGAUUCAUUCUUCAGCCUCUCCGAUGCCAAAAAGAAUAUUGUUGACAGACUUCGACGUCACAAUAGCAUUCUUGAGUCGAUCACUCUUGCGUUGAAUUCUACCUGCCCUAUUAUUAGUCAGCUGGGCUGCGCUAGCGUCCGCCACUUUGUUUACAAAUCAAGAUUGUCGGCCCAGUACACCCAUGCCAAUAAUGGCCCACCGUAUCAACAUGAACAAGGCCAACUCUACUUAAUGGAUCUCUAUCGCCAUAUGCAUGGUCGUAUGCACUCUGCGUCGCGGCCGUUGAAAACAAUGUGCCAUACAACCGAGAAAGAAAUACUUUUUGGCUUGGUUACACCUUCCUACGAACUUUACAUGGUCCUAGAACCAAUGACCACAAAGCCAGCGAUCAUGAACGCGGCCAACGCUGUACUGAAGUGGACCAAGCGUGAAGAAGAAACCCACUUCAUCACUACGUCGGGGAGUUGGUAAAAUUGCAAGAGGCCUUCGAAUACUUUAUGGUACGUUUGGUAAUUAAUGACGGAUUUGCGUUUGUUCGACGGUUGUGUUGAGAUUCAUUCCAUUCAUGAUACAAAUACUACUGCAAAUGAACUAAAUUGUAGAAUUUUAUUAACACUACAAUAUAAUCUGUAAGAACUAUGCAAUCAAGAAAGCGAGUACUUAUGGUAGCUUGUGAGGACUGAAAGAUACAGAUUUAAAAACAAAUUAUAGCGUGUAUAUGGGGACAA